AUGGACUUUUUUGCUUCCGGGCAGCCGGUGCUGAACCCCCAGGCAGAGGCGGCAGCAGCUGGCGGGGAGCAACAACCGGCAGAGGACGAGAGCGAAACCGUGCUGAUGAUAAGGGAGCUGCUGGAGACGCGCAUUCGACCGGCAGUGCAGGAGGACGGAGGGGACAUUGACUUUGUUGACUUUGACGAGUGA